GCCGAGAAUCAGUCUGUGCAUGUGUGAAACAAGACAGAGACAGCGGUCAUAUAGUCACUGGAGUGUGCUCCAUCUUUCUACUGUUAAAUUGGGAAGGGAAGGAAAAAACAGUGCUCAGUCACUGUAGCAUCUGGACUUGCAUGAAGAUAGUUGACACGGCUAUAACGCCCAGCUCCUCGGGGAGAGGGAUUUCCUGAGAUGGGCACAAGCCCUCCUGUGGGGCAAUUGAAUUUCCUGUAAAACACCAGCCUGUGUAUGAGAGGUCUCUUAAAUUUCUGUUAUCCACACUGAAGCCACGGAGGCGAUCCGAGAAAAUUUCAGUUUGAGGCUUGGCCAAAGGUGCAUCACUGAACCAGCUGGGAACAGGACCACAAACACAGAAAUUUAAUCACAGAAGAGAUGCAGUCGUGGGGGCGGCAGGAGGGGUUGCUGGCUGCGAUUUCACUCCUUCUGUUGGCAUGGGAGGAAGUGUGCACAAUUGAAGUUCCGCUGGAUCCAAGGAUCCAGCAAGACUUAAAGCAACCUCCGACCAUCAUCAAGCAGUCCUUGAAGGACUACAUUGUGGAUCCCAGAGAUAACAUCAUUAUUGAAUGUGAAGCCAAAGGGAACCCUGUGCCAACAUUCAUGUGGCGGCGGAACGGCAAAUUCUUCAAUGUAGGGAAGGACCCUCGUGUGACAAUGCGCAAGCGGUCUGGCACACUGGAGAUCAGCUUUCGGAACGGUGGGCGACCCGAGGACUACGAGGGGGAGUACCAGUGCUUCGCCUCCAACAACUUUGGAACAGCGCUCUCAAACAAGAUGCUGCUACGAGUGUCCAAAUCCCCACUGUGGCCCAAAGAAGUCCUGGAGCCAGUGGUGAUAAAUGAGGGUGCCCCACUCGUCCUGGCAUGCAACCCACCACCCGGACUGCCCCCACCCAACACCUUUUGGAUGAACAGCGCCAUGCUGCCAAUCUCCCAGGACGAGAGGGUGUCCAUGGGCCUUAAUGGUGAUCUCUACUUCUCCAACGUCCUGGCCAAGGAUGCCGCUACCGACUACAGCUGCAAUGCACGCUUUCUGUUUACACACACUAUCCAGCAGAAGAAUCCCUUCACCCUCAAAGUGCUCACGAAGGAGCCCUAUAAUGACACUUCAAGCUUUUCUUCUGUCAACCACACUGACUCGUACAGUGGCCGUAGUGUGCCUGAGACUACGCCCACCUUCCUGACCCCAACUGGAACAACCAGCUCGAAGAUGGUACUACGUGGAGAGCAGAUGCUCCUUGAGUGCAUAGCUGCUGGAGUCCCUACCCCUAGAAUCCAUUGGUUCAAGAAGGGUGGGGAACUACCCACACAAAAAGUGAAGACAGAGAACUAUAACAAGACGCUGCGUAUCAUGAGUGUGUCUGAGGAGGACUCUGGGGAGUACGUCUGCAGGGCCAACAACAAGAUUGGCAGCAUUAGCCACUCCAUCUCUGUCCAAGUCAAAGCUGCCCCGUACUGGCUGGAAAAGCCACAGAACCUGAUUCUGGCUCCAGAUGAGAAUGGCCGUUUGGUGUGUCGUGCCAAUGGCAACCCCAAACCCAGCAUCCAGUGGCUGGUCAACGGAGAGCCUAUUGAGAGUGCUGUGCAAAACCCCAGUCGACAGGUUGUGGACGACACCAUCAUCUUCCGUGCUGUACAGACUGGCAGCAGUGCUGUAUAUCAGUGCAACGCCUCCAACGAGCAUGGCUACCUGCUCGCCAAUGCCUUUGUCAACAUCCUGGAUAUGGCACCACGCAUGCUUGGCCCAAAGAACCAGCUGAUCAAGGUGAUUGAAAACAACCGAACAUUCUUGGACUGCCCAUAUUUUGGCUCACCCAUGCCGGAGCUGCGCUGGUUUAAGAAUGGGCAAGGCAGCAGUCUGGAUGGUGGACAAUAUAGGGUCUACCUGAACGGGACCCUGGAGAUUAAACGUGCACGGACAGAGGAUCAGGGCACGUAUACUUGUGUGGCCAGCAACAUUUUGGGAAGGGUAGAUAAUCAGGUCCGAUUGGAAGUCAAAGAGCCUACCCGGAUUGUCCGUGCUCCAGAACACCUUACUGUGACCCGAGGGAGCCUCGCCCAGUUUGACUGCAGGGUGAAGUAUGACGUUAGCCUCCCAAUCACUGUCACUUGGACUAAAGAUGACAAGCCUCUCAGCAUUAGCUGGAGGCUGAAGAAAGAUGAAGACUCCCUUACAAUCCCAAAUGUCCUAGAGUCAGAUGAGGGAACCUAUACCUGCACUGUCAGCACUGAGCUAGAUGAGGAUUCCGCCUCUGCCCGCCUCACAGUGCUUGGUUAUGAUCCUAUUUCACCCUCAAACCGUAGCACCCUACUUGCAGACCGCCCAGAACCCCCUCGGGACCUCGAACUAUCAGAUCCCUCAGAGAGAAGUGUCAGACUUACCUGGAUCCAUGGAAAUGACAACAACAGUCCCAUUACAGAAUUCCAGGUCCAGUUUGAAGAAAACCGUUUUCAACCGGGCAGAUGGCAGAAUUUAUCCAGUUACCCCGGUGACCUGAACUCAGUUGUCCUGCAGCUGUCACCCUACGUUAACUAUCAGUUCCGUGUCAUCGCCAUCAACGCUAUCGGUCCUAGCCGACCCAGCCGCCCAUCUCCACGCUACCAGACCAGUGGAGCGCCUCCUGAUGUCGUCCCACGUGGCCUCAAAGGAGAAGGCACCAAGACAAACAACAUGGAAAUCAGCUGGGAGCCUCUAUUAGACAUGGAGAAGAAUGGGCCAAACUUGCGUUAUAUUGUGUCAUGGCGUCAGAAGGACAUGUCCCAGGACUGGAAGAAUGUCACAACAACUUUGGCCAGGCAUGUCAUCCACAAUGCUGGCACCUACAAACCGUACGAGAUCAAGGUGUUGGCCCUCAACGAUUUUGGCCCAGGACCGGAGUCCAGCAUUGUCAUUGGCUACUCUGCAGAGGGCCGCCCCACAGCAGCCCCAACUGAUGUGAGAGUAUCCAAGAUCGACAGCACUAAGACGCAUGUGCAUUGGGCCCCUGUAGACCCCAAUACCAUCAUGGGUGCCCUCAAGGAGUACAGGGUGCAUUACUGGAGGGAGAGCAGCUUGCUGAAGGGCCUGAGGGUAAACAAAGAGGUGAAAACCAAAGGCUUUAAUGCCAGUGGUCUUCAGCCCUCAGGCAUCCUGACUGACCUCAUCCCCUACAGCAACUACAAGAUGUAUAUGAAAAUUGUCAACAGACGCUACGAAGGGCCUCCCAGCAACACGGUGGAGUUCCAGACCAAGGAGGGAGUUCCUGGCGUUCCAAAGUUUUUCCGGAUCAAGAGGUGGCGCACAGACACCAUCCACCUUGAGUGGGAGAAGCCUGAGGAGCCCAAUGGCAUACUGAUCGGAUACACACUCAAGUACCAGACUGUCAACGGCUCUCAGGUGGGCCACAUCCAGAUGGAGAAUUUCCCCCCCAACGUGACACAGUUCACCCUGCGCCUUCCUGACCGCUCCACCCACUACAAGUUCUUUCUAUCCGCACGCACGCAGGUGGGCGCUGGAGAGGUGUAUGCUGAAGACUCUCCGCAUUUUGCCAAUGAAGAAGAUGCUGACAGCACAGCUGUGUCUACAGACAUUUUGCUGUCUGCAGUUGCUUCCACUCCUUCUACCUCACCUACUACAACUGCUAGCAUCACAACCACAACUACCACCACCACUAUUACCAUGAUCACAACUGUUCCCACAGUCAUACUCUCAACUGCUCCUAGAAGGCAGAUCUGGAAUCUGACAGUUGAGCCGAACAGUAACUAUGCCGACGUCAGCUGGAAGCACAACUUCCCCACAAAUGGCAGCGAGUUUGUGCUAGAGUUCACUCUGAAGAGUAACGGGACAGUGAGAAGCGUGCCAGUCAAACACCAGCCCCCUAUAAAGCUGGCGGGGCUGAUUGAGGGGGCCAGGUACCAGCUGCGUGUGUACUCCCACGAGCACCAUGGCAUCAGCAGCGAGUACGUCGACUUUGAGACCCUCGCAGCAUACAGCAAGGACCAGGUGGACAUUGCCACGCAAGGAUGGUUCAUUGGGCUAAUGUGUGCUGUGGCGUUGCUGGUGUUGAUCCUCCUUAUUGUCUGUUUCAUCAAAAGAAGCCGUGGAGGAAAGUACCCAGUACGGGAUAAAAAAGAUCUUCCACUGGAUGCAGUCGAUCAGAAAGAUCAAGAUGGGUCCUUUGACUACCGCAGUGAUGAGGACAACAAGCCCUUGCAAGGCAGCCAGACCUCUCUGGAUGGCAACGUGAAAGAGAGUGAUGACAGCCUGGUGGACUAUGGUGACGGAGGUAAUGGCCAGUUCAACGAAGAUGGGUCCUUCAUUGGCCAAUACACAGUGAAGAAAGACAAGGAAGAGACAGAGGGGAACGAGAGCUCUGAGGCCACCUCACCUGUUAACGCCAUCUACUCACUGGCAUAGCCCCAUCUCACCCUUGGGAUAACCCGGGGAGGAUGUGUGCAUGCACAUGCACAAACACACACACACACACACACACACACACACAAACACAUACACAAACACACACUCGCACACACGUACAUCCAGUGCUGGGAAGACCAGGAAGUCCCACAGCCCCAGAGGACUGCACUGUCCCCAGUCUACAAGAAGGGGAGUUUAGGGAAUGUUACUUGUGCCGGGCCACUGUUUUGGGUCCAAACUGGUUUUUAAGGCCAGAAUCAUAUCAGCGACCCCGUCACUUUCCUUGCCCUAUCAAAGACCUCAAUGAGCUGUAAGAGGACAAAUUUAAAAGUGGACAAAGGGAAGGUGUCAAUGUUUGGACUUUCAAGCAUUUUGUGCUGCUCUGCUGUUUUGGUUUGGAUUUAACCCCAAUCUCUUCUGUCAUAUUUUAUUUGGAAAAGUCAAGGAUAAUAGCAAGCCCUUUGCAGGCCUGCUACAGAUCCACUCUAAGGUGUAAGUCAUUGAAUUGGUAUAACAUUGGAGGAUGAGUUUAUCAUAUUGAUAUAGUCACACUGAAAGAUCUCAACUCCUGGUCAAAACACCAGUUUGUGAAUAAAUGCUGUUAACAGUUAUGGCACACCUGUUAGUGCCCUAUAUAUCUAUGCACACUGCAUUUCCAGCCAAAGGGUUGUCGGGUUAAAAAGACUCAUUUCCCUCUUGUAUUUUUUGUGGUGGCACCAGAAAAAGAAAACUUGUAUUCAUUUGGACACUGUUGUUCCCUUUUCUAUACUAGAUUCAGUGAACCCCCACCCACCCUGCAACCGAGGAUUCAUUUUGGGGAGAAUUCAAAUGGCUGCAGAUGUAGAAAAGUUUUUAUUUUUAAAUUCCAAGCCUGCUGUUGAAGGACUGAGAUACAUGACACCCAAAUUUCUUUAAAAAUGCAUUAUAUUAUUCUAAAGCAUGUUAGUGUGGUAGCUCCAGAGGCGAAUAGGACGAUAGUUAAGAGUGUGAUCUCCAGAACGCAUGCUACACCCCAUCUAAUGGGGGACCUAAAAUCUUAGCCUUUGUCUACUGAGAUGCCUGUGCUAUUUGGAUAUAGUACUCAUGUUGGAAUAUCUGUUGGAACACAGACCUCACUUGAACGAUGUGGUGUCUGGCCUGAGUCAUUGUCACUGUUAACUAACUGAAGGCAUACAUUUGGGUGAAGAACGUUACUGAUAGUUACUGGUUCUGUUGUAAUCAAGAAUUAAACAUAGUCUAUUGAAUAGGAGUUUGACUUUUACAACAAUUCUAUGUGGCGAUCACUGCCUCAUGCACUGGAAAAAACAGAAGUGACAUAAUCCAGAUGGCUAUGAUUUUCUCACAGUGCAGGAAAGGCAUUUAGAACUUGCUUGUUCAGAGAGUAACAUGGCUGUAGAAGACUCCAUGUGACUCUGAUGGAUGGAUCAUUGUUAAGAACACUAUGCCCAUUGAGUUGUGGACACACCACUGUAAAUCAGGCUUUUGGCUGCAAUUAAGCCUGAAAGAAAAAGAUUUUUACUGCUCAUUUUGCUGCACAAAAAUACCUGAGUAUCUGUGGGUAUCUUAAUAUCUAGGAGCACACAACAGUUCUAAGCAUUUAGAAAU